AGAUAAAUAGAGUAUACUGAAACAAAAGGACAGCUCAAAGUGGUUCUCACAGCUAGAAUGGCUGGAUAAAAAGACAAGAUUGCUCACCCUGUCCUUCUUACAAAAAUCCGCCAUUUUACCACCAACUCAGGUGCGCGUUAAUUAGAAAAAUUUCAUUGAAUAAGGUCCAUUGUGAUUGUACAGUAUUUUCCGAGGUAUUUAUUCUUUUACUCAUCUAUAUAGAAAAGGCCACUUAGCCCCUAGCCUACGUUGCAGCACCUUUUCGACUGCUCGACCAAAAAAUGAGUCAAAGCACUGAAAGCAGUAUCUUAGAGGUCUAUGGCACUAUCUAUACCCAAAAAUUUUCCGAGAGUAUUCAGAGGAAAGUCAUAAGAGGCUCCACUGCUUAUAUUCAUAAUUUUAUGGACGUAGAAGCAGUCCUGCCUCAUCUAUACUCAAAUGAUUUACUCUCAGAUAAUGAGUUUGAGAUUCUCUCGAAUCCUUGCCUCACUCGUCAGCAUAAAAUUAAUACUCUCGUAAAGGGGCUGCCUUUAAAAGAAUCUGAUUUUCUUGCUAAGUUUGUUGAGUGUCUACUGAAGACAACAGAUGGAACGGGACAUAGAAAGCUAGCCAAUGAAAUAACAAUGUAUCUCCUAUUCAUACUUGCUAAGAAGGAAAUUUAUUCUAAAGUUCAAGGGUUUGUAAAAAAACUAUGUUCCUUUGUUCUGCGAUUACUUUUCUUCUCUUUGAUAAUUUACUCUUUUGGCCGAAGCUGUUCGUUUGGAAUUCCUUUUGAGUACUCAUAUAUGCCACCAUUAACUGAUCUCCCAAAAAUUUAUUCAACAAAAUUACCAAAAGUUCAAAAUAUAUUUGUUGGCCGAGACACUGAACUACAGACUUUGGUCAGUUUUUUGAAUUUUCAUAACUCAACCGUUGAAAUAAUUGGAAUAUUUGGUGGACCUGGAAUUGGAAAGUCAACAUUGGCAAUAAGGGCUGGCCAUGAAGUAUCGAAUAAAAUAAACAAUGUCUCAGUUGAUUAUUUUGAUGUAUCGGAAGUUUUAUAUGUUCCUCAUCUUCUUCAUAAGAUUCUGGGAGGCAUGAUGAACAGUACUGAACACUCUGUAAUGAUAGAAGAAUUAAAGCAUUGGGCUCAAAAGAAUUCUUCCUAUCAAAAAGUUUUGAUAUUUGAUGGCUGUGAUAAGCUCUUUGACAGUAAUCAAAAAGGUAUGGUACAAGAGAUAUUUGAUAUUUUAAUUAAACAUUCAACUUCUGCAAAGAUAAUUUUUACAAGCAAGCACAUAGUAACAUUUAUUGGUCAAUUUAAGAAAAUAAAACUUGAGGAAUUACGUUUGGAAGAUGCUGUUAAUCUACUUAUGACACUAAAUUCUAAGUUGUUGGAACAAGAUGCAAUAAAAAUUGCUAAUGGUGUUGGAAGUGUACCUCUUGCACUUCAAGUUGUGGGAGCUCUUUUGGAAACAGAUACAAUGUCUCCUCAGGCAAUUGUCACUGAAAUUACAAACAACCCCAUUAAAGUGCUAAGCCCUGACUCACUCCCUGAAUAUUACAAAGUUCAAACAUCACUACAACUGUCAUAUGAUAGCUUAGAUGAUGAAUAUACACAAUCUUGCGCUCGUUUUCUAGCUAAUUUCCCUGGUUCUUUUAGUCAUGAUGCUGCUGUAGGUGUUUUAACAGAUAUGGUGAACAGGACAUAUUGGUAUGUAAGAAUUCUUCAUGAAUUUAACUUAUUUCUUAAUUGGGUGCCACAACCAUCAAAAUGUCUUAACAUACUUGUACAUCGAUCCCUCUUGAAGUAUCAUUCUAAUUCUCAUCGCUAUUCUUUUCACAAACUUAUCAAAAUGUUCUUGUCAAGUGUUAAUUCUCAAAAUAGCGAAACUAAUGUUGAAAUACAGCAGUUUAAAAAAGGAUUUGUUGUUUAUUUUGCAGAUUACUGGAAUACGUAUCAUGAUUAUGUUGAUGAUGGGAACUAUGACAUUAAUGUUAUAGCAGCACUUGAUUUGGAAAGGCAUAAUUUUGAAUAUUUGGAAAAGAUUUUGCCUGAAUUAGGAAUGGACAAUUCAUACAUAAAAAAAUAUACAGAAUCAGCUGAAUUAUAUACAAGCUAUUCAGAUUCACUAACAGAUUAUUUCAGGCAUCUUAAAAAAAGUGCACAAGAUGAUAGAUCUACAGCCCUUGUGGCAGUUGAAGAUACAACAUCAAAUCUUAAGGAUAGAUACAGAAUUGUCAUGAUGUUGGAUCUUCAUAGCAAAGCAGUCAUUUCUGAAAACGGAGCUGAAUACUACAUGAAUAUUUUUGUGGAAAUGAUAAUUCAAGUCAGUUUUUUUGAGGACUAUCUUCAUGGACCAAAAGAAGCUCUUGAUUAUUUAAAAUUUCGUAAAGAAAGAAUUAUAGAGCUGCAUAAGGAGCAUGGCCAUGAAAUUGUAAAAUAUGUGAACAAAUUUUUAAAUCAAAUGAAGAAAUACUGCUAUGAUGCAAGUGAUAUCGACACUUUAGUUGAAGUGUUGCAGUUAAGGGCAAGACUGUCAUGGCCAAUGGAAAAAUGCGUUGAAAAGUCAUGUAACAACUAUGAAAAAGGACGUGCUUAUUUUGGUUCUGGGUUUUAUGAGAAAGCAGUAAAAUUUUACAACAAAUAUUUAAAGGAAAAUAUUCAAGAGCACGAGUACCUGUAUACCAUUGUCAUGAUUUACUACUGCCAUAAGUUUAACGGAAAUGAGGAAAAGGCUACAGAAGUAGUUAGGCUUUUCGACUCCGAAUUAAUUCAUAAUAAAAUCAUCAGUUUAGUAGUUGAUUGGAAGAAUUACAAAAAAGUUCAUAUGAUUCUUAUUUUUCAUAGUAAAGUAAGACAUGGAACUGUAUAUCAUUACAUUCUAUUGGAAAAGCUUUUAUCAGCACUUGAUAAUAUUAUAAUGUUGCAAAAUGCAAUACUACUGCUACAAUAUCGUUAUUUGUCUAAAAUUAUUUCAUCUACUCCUGCUUUAGAGUCUAAAACAGUAGUUUAGAGUAAUUUUUUUUUAAUAAAAAUAAUUUUAAUUUG